AGAUGCCGUAUGACUUGACGACCCACAACUGUGAAAAUUUAGUUAUGGAGCUGCGAUAUGGGCUUGACAUGAACGAACAGGAUGAAAUAAAACCCGGGGACCUGAUAGAGAUCUUUCGCUCUUGCUAUCAGCACUGGGCCAUCUAUGUCGGAGAUGGCAAAGUGGUACACUUGGCCCCUGAAUGUGACCGUCUUGCUAACGGCGCUGCCAGCGUUUUGGCUGUCUUGUCUGACAGAGCGUAUGUGAAGAAAGACUGGUUGGAAGUUGUGGUGCGGAAAGACCAGUACCGAGUGAACAAUAAGCAUGACAACACGCAUCCCUUGGUGCCGCUUGCCAAGAUCCUCCAGCGGGCAGAGGAGUUGGUGGGCAGGGAGAUGCCCUAUAACCUGACUAGCCAUAACUGUGAACAUUUUGUAAUGGACUUACGAUAUGGAGUUGCAAUGAGUGACCAGGUCACUGAUGCCAUUGCGGUAGGGACAAUUGGCAUGAUGGGCGUAGCGGCUGCCAUGCUCCGAUCUGCGGCCAAGAGACGCAAGCACCGUUAUGAAUAG